AUGGCGAUGAAAAGGUACUCAAUAUGUUUCUUGCUACUUGCAGCCUUGGAUGCCAUCAUGACUGACAAUGAACUUGAACUUACAACAGUUGUGGAAGCAAGAGAAAACAACACUGAAAUGAUGAUUGAUAAUGACAGACCAGUUGAGAAUAUGCUUAUUGGCAAAUCCAAACGGGGCCCAAAUGUUCAUCCAAUAUGGAGUUAUGCAUUUGAUGACCCCACUGCUUACACCAUCACCGGCCCUAACAAUGCCAUAUGCAAACACUGCAAGCAAUCUGUCCGGCAUCACCACAAAAUGGCAUCUGUCAAAAACCACCUUCGAAAAUGCUUCCAGUUCAAAAAGGUCAUGUUGGAGGACACGACUGUCAGUGACCGCCCAGACUGGUGGACUGAUCAAAGGGGCACUGCAAAGAAGUCAAUGGGGUCUACAUCCUCCAAAAGCACUUCUUCUGUCACCAGCAAGUCACAAUCUUCAGUCAGAUCAUUUAGCAUACCCCUGUUCAGUGCUUCAGAACAAAAGAGGUUCAAUCAUGAGAUGGCAAUGUAUUUUUACUGCACUGGCACAAGUUUUCAGAGGGCUGAAGAUCCAUUUCUCCUUCGGGCUAUCCAGUUGGCACGCCCGGAUGCUAAAUUGCCAACAUGCAAGCAGCUAGCAGAUGAUGGUGCUGGGGGCCUGCUUGAUGAAUGCUACCAGAAUGUCAAGGAGGAGGUCAAUAAGGUGCUUUCCACUGAUGGUCAAUUUGUCUGCCUUACAAGUGAUGCAUGGUCAAAUGUGGUGAACGAUCCUGUUGUCGACUACACAGCUGUAUCUCCAACUAAAUCUUGGAAGUGGUACACACAGAAGAGCAAAGCCAUGAUGCAGACUGGCUUUCCACAGACCUUAGUCAUAUCAUUGAUAGUCUCGGUGACAAUGUGGUUGGUGCAGCUACCGAUAACACAACAACCAACAAGAAGGCAUGGAGUGAAUUGGAGAAAAGAUACCCCACAUAUAUUUAUGGGUGUGUGCCCAUGGUCUUCAUCUUCUUGUGAAAGAUAUCUUUGCUGCCAAAAAGAAGGAUGUCUCAGGCGGUGGUCCUGCUGA